AUGAGUUACAAGGAUGAAUCCGCCCGUGUCAACCGUUGGAUUUGUACUGCAAUGGAAAAGGGUUUAUUGGAACUACACUUGUACGCCCCUAACCUCGGGACGUGUGUUAAUAUAACUCGUAGUUUACUAAUUAGGAGUAACACACUGGUUAAGCUCACAAUCUCCGGUCAUUUUGAUAUUCGUGUAUCUAACCAUAUGUUUUUCCCAGCCCUCAGAUCACUUUCUCUGAUGGUUUUGCUUGAUUUUUCCCGCUAUCCCCAAAUCAUCCAAGCUUGUCCUGUGCUGGAAGAGUUAACCAUACGCGACGGGGACUUUCCAGAUAUGCUGCCUAUUUGUGGUGGUAUCGUCGUAGAACAUGCAUCACUCAAGCGUCUUGUGAUUGUAACGCCUCUUCCUGAUGGUAUAGACUACAAUCUCUUGUCAGAAUAUUUCGAAUAUGCUCGCCAGACAGUUCGUUUCCGAGUACCAAGUCUUGUCUGCCUUGACUAUUCUAGUUUUGUCUUUAAAAAUUAUGAGGUUGAUGACUUGGAUUCUCUCGUCGAAGCAAGACUGAGUCUCAAGUUAUGGUGGUCAGUUAGUCAUUUUGAUUUCGAUGAUGAUUAUUACUACGAUGACUAUGGCUCUUUUUAUCAUGGUUAUCGACGCCCGCCUAUAUUCGGUGAUGUUACAUGUCUAGUUGUGGCUAUUAGAAACAUUACAACCCUUCACUUGUCUCCUGAUUCCCUUGAGGUCAGUCCUUCUGUCUUAUACUAA